UUCUUUUCCUCUUAGACGAUAUACAACACAUGGCAUCUUCCGCCCAUCGGAUCGGUUCGGGGCGUCGAGUGAGUGGGCAUGAGGUUUCAUUGCUGCUCCCUCAGUCCCGCUAUCCCACAUGACGGGGAGCUGGGACACACCGUGACACCUUUACGCCACUCUGGUCACUUGUCGUGGCAUCUAAGACAACAAGCACGCGCUUGCCCCAAUGGGAGAAAAAAAUUUUUGUACUGUAGGAGCUGUUGCUGAUCGAGAACUUGGAAAUCGGGGUGUUACCGGCGCCUUGGAACUCAACCUACAAGUCAAGUCCCGACGCUACGGACGAGCUUCCCCCCCUUCCCGCCCCAUCUCUCCAGACGGCUGGGAUGGCUCAUGCUGGAUGCUGAGCAGAAAGCCAACGGGACAUUGCUUCCCUUCCGGAGAGCUGGGUGCUGCCAGCUGCGUGUGCCGUCCAACGGCAUUUCCAGCAAAUGGUCGAGAUGCAGCCAUGGCGUUCUUCUCAUGCAAGCACAUGCCGCCAUCUGCCAGGACACCUCAUGGCCGCCCUUGAUUGGCCCCUGUCCCACUCGGCACCGCCCAGAACCCACAGAAACCCACACAACCCACCGCUUCACGGCUUCCACCCCUCACCACGGAUUGGAUCAUUUCAACUGUGGGUGAGAGAGAGUGAGAGGUACCUUUUACGCUUCACGCCGGUACCACUGGUACAACAGCCUGGCGAAUGGCAAAGGUCUGGAAAUCUUUCCUGGAUCCCGUCCUUGGCCCUUCCCUCGAGCUGUCCGCCUCUGUGUCCCUUCCGUCAACAUGUACAUCUCUUUUUAGCUGCUUGGUCCGUCGGCUUCGCUUCUCUUGGCUGCCAGCCAUGACUGGCCAUUUUGCCCCGAGUGCCCCGGCCUUGUCUUCUCCCGACGUUCUCUCUUUUUCUCCUGACGUCUUUAUCAUGCUCCUCUCCUGCUCCUGCUUCUUCUCCUCCUAGCUACCUGUCUGCUCGUCCAUUGAGCAAUGGCACGCUUCUUUUGACUUCUCAAGAGAGAGUCAGCUGCCUCUAGACGCUAUCAUUUCACACAUUGCUCGCUGUCAAACCUACGAUAUCCACUUCCCGAAUUCCCCUUGCAAGUUCCGCUUCCCCAGAAAAAAAACGGUCACGAAAUAUGCUCUUGGCCAGUCCACUUGCGCCUCAAAAAUUCUUCCCUGAUCGAACAAGUCUCUGGAGACCAUCCCCGAGCCCGAACCUGAAUGCAGGCGGCAGGCACUUCUGCUACUGGAAUGGAGGAAAACGGGGUCAUAGAACCACUGCCUGAUGAGGAGUUUGGGACCGAGGUGACAUCAGAUUAUGACCCAAGCGAUACCGAGACCACCUUUGGCUCCCUGACGUCGAGCGUCACGGGUCAUGUGUGGGAGUACGGCAGACGAUACCAUGCUUUUCGAUAUGGCCGGUACCCCUUACCCAACGACGACGAGGAGUACAAGAGAGAGUCUCUACGACAUGCCAUGCUGAAGGAGCUCCUGAGGGGCAAGCUCUACCUUGCGCCCAUCGGAGAUAACCCGCAAAAGAUCAUCGAUCUUGGCACGGGGUUUGGAGAAUGGGCCAUGGAGAUGGGCGAGCUUUUUACCGGCGCCAAAGUUACAGGAGUCGACUUAUCGCCGAUUCAGCCACUAUGGGUUCCCUCUAAUGUCGAGUUCAUCGUGGAUGACAUUGAAGACGAGUGGGUGCACGAACAGGAUUACGAUUUCGCGCACUUUCGGUUCGUCAACACGGUGUUAAAGAACAAUGAACUUGUGCUUCACAACAUUCUCCAGAAUCUCAGGCCGGGCGGCUGGGUGGAAAUCCAGGAUAUUUACCCCAGGAUAUCGUCAGACGACAACACACUGCCCGAAGACUACCCGCCCGCCAAGUUUUACUCGUUGCUUCAAGGCGUUCUCAAGGACCAGUACGGCUUCGACCUCAAGGUGCUGGAGAGCCUUCCCGACCACCUACAGCGGCUCGGCUACGUCAACGUGCAGCGGAAGGUAUUCCACAUGCCGCUGGGUGAAUGGCCCAAGGAUCGGCAUCUCCGAAUGCUGGGUGGCUGCUUCCAAGAAGUCUUUCUCGACUUUGUCGCCGCCAUGGCGGCCCGUCCGCUGGUGGAGGCGGGAUUCGACAAGGCCGACAUUGAGGAACUUGUCGUCGGGGUCAAGAACGCCGUGGGAAAUAGGCGAAUUCACGCAUAUGUCCCCAUCCACUUUGUCUGGGCGCAGAAACCACCAGCAUGACGGAGGCCAAUCUCUUGCCGGCUAUCAAAGCUCGAGCAAUCGAGAUCCAGCACCUACCCGGCUGCGCCCCCAAAACUAAUAUCGAGAGGAUUUCUCGAAGGGGCAAUGCUACACGAACUAUUGACGAAGAUUCCAAAGACUUGAAGAACCUCUAGGGCCCUGGCCAAUGGGAGGUACAUCUGGCAAGAUGGCGGGUUGGGAAAGUGCCGAGAUAAGAGACGGCAUGCACGACUCCAACGAUUCGCCGAAGACAAGUCAAUCGAGCUGUUUGGAGCAUGGAGAUGCAAGCUUGUCUCUGGCCCGCCCGCUUCCUUCCCAGCUAUAGGGGGGAAGUGACAGCGCGGGGGGUUGAAGACGCCAAGCGCCUGCAAUGCUGCUGCUUUGCGGAGAAACUCGCCGUUUUGGAGAGGGAGGGGGAGAGAUAUAUAAACUGCAAGUUAUCAUAGCGGGACAGACACAUCAUACAAGCGGUGAAGUUCACUGGGGUGCUCUCGUAUUUUGACCUGUUACGUUGAAAUGCUGUAGAAAUAAUAAUAGGAUGAAGUAUGACUUUAUGA